GAGCUCUCCGAACAACCAAUCAGCUCUCCGAAGGAAUACGGUAACGAGAAGACAACACCAGCCAAUGAGGAGCAUCAGCGAGCAGCGGUUGAAGUGCACCACGCAGAAGACGAGGACGGCUUGUUACCACCACCUCCUCCGCCACCUGAAAUUAAUUUCAGUGCAAAUGAAAAUAUUAAGAAUGAAGUCGGUGUGAGCCAUGACAUAAUCCCUCCACCACCUAAACCACCUGGACAAAAUGAUAUGGUAGACGGUGUAGAAUCACCGUCUACUUCUUACCUACAGUCAGCUCCACAAAAUAACGAUGAGCAAAACGCUGAAGAGGACAACGAAGAGAGUGUUAAAGAGACCACUUUUGAAGAGCGUGAAAUCACUGAUGAUGAAUGUGAGGAAAAUAUAGAUUCGCUGUUAGAGAAACCGUUUGCGGACGGAGAUAAACCUGGUAAAAUACCCAUUCCUGAAGAAGGUCAGAUGCGUGAAAAAAUCGUAUUGGCACAUCGCGGAGUGGAUUAUUUUGAUGUGUUACCCGAAGGUUGGGUUGAACUAACACAUACCAGUGGACUACCCGUAUAUUUGCACAAAUCUUCUCGAGUGUGCACGUUCUCGCGUCCUUAUUUCAUCGGUCCAUCGUCAGUCCGUCACCACCAUGUGCCUGAAUCAGCGAUCCCGUGUUUACACCAGAGACGAGUGUUGAGAGACCUGGACGAGAGUGCCAAGUUGUCAGCGGACGCCCUUCAGAAUGCACUGAAUAUGAAUAGUGAUAUGAAUGAGAGUGAUAAUAAAAAUAAAAGCAAUGAUAAUCUACUGAACGAAGAGAAAGCAAAGUUAAUCGCCACUCUACAAGCACCCAACACAAAAGUUCAAGUGAGAUUUGCAGAUUAG